AGAAGUUUUCCUGGCUGUGUGUUUGUAGAUCGACAGCACAAAGCUCUCGGAUCGCAUUCACCAUGUCCGUGUGUCCUCUCCGGACUCAUAUCUCUGGGUUAUGUUUUUAAAGAGAUCUCUGGGGUGGAAAUAAACCUGUCUGGAUGAAACUGAUGAAGAGGCGACCUACUGGAUGAAGAGGAGGAGCCGCACACACGUUCACACAAACACACGGACACAAGCGAGCAGACACGUUUAUUAACUUAUGAAAGAUGAGAAGCUUCAUUCAGCACAACACGCACAAAUCAAGGUGCUAGAUGGUGGUUGCGAAGGCAGUACGUAAUGCUGAAGGGGCUCGUCCUGAGUCAGAAUGAGUGUCAAAGAUGGCGAUGGGACGACUAGCCAAGAUGGAAAGGCCUACGAACUUCAGAUAUACCCCCGACUGGCUCGAGAGACGGCGUCGUGCUGUACAGUCAGAGUCACCAAGGAGGCCACCGCUGCUACCGUCAUCCAAGAUGUGGCGACGGUCCUCGGACUGGACGCCAGCAAGCGAUAUGUCUUGGCGGAGGUGAAGGAGUGUGGCGGGGAGGAGUGGGUGCUGGAGUCGACCGAUCUUCCGGUGCACAGGGUCCUUCUCUGGCCGAGGAAAGCCCAAGAACAGCAUUCUCGGAACGAAGGGUUUUACUUUCUCCUGCAGGAGAGGAACUGUGAUGGCUCCAUCUGCUACGUGCACCUGCCCGCCGUGGCAAACGAGCAGGAGUCCAAGCGACUGGUGGCUCGGGGUUUCCUCCCACCAAAGCAGGAGGACUUUGAGGACCUUUGCAACCUUCCGGUCCUCAAUGAGGACAGCAUCUUGGAUAACCUUCGCAAUCGCUUUCAAAAGAAGAAGAUCUACACGUACGCUGGCAGCAUUCUCGUUGCCAUCAACCCCUUUAAGUUCUUACCCAUUUACAACCCCAAAUACGUCAAAAUGUACGAAAACCACCAGUUGGGCAAGCUGGAACCCCAUAUUUUCGCCAUUGCCGAUGUGGCCUACUAUGCCAUGUUGCGCAAGCACGUCAACCAGUGUAUCGUUAUCUCAGGAGAGAGUGGAUCGGGCAAAACGCAAAGCACUAACUUCCUCAUUCACUGCUUGACGGCCCUCAGUCAGAAGGGUUACGCAAGCGGCGUGGAACGAACCAUCUUGGGUGCAGGACCUGUGCUUGAGGCAUUUGGAAACGCCAAGACGGCCCACAACAACAACUCCAGCCGGUUCGGAAAGUUCAUCCAGGUCAAUUACCUGGAGAGCGGAGUGGUGCGAGGGGCUGUGGUGGAGAAAUAUCUGCUGGAGAAAUCCCGCUUGGUCUCCCGAGAGAAGAACGAGAGGAACUAUCAUGUGUUCUACUAUCUGCUGGUGGGCGCGUCGGAGGACGAGCGGCGAGAGUUCAAGCUCCUGCAGCCUGAAGAAUACUUCUACCUCAAACAGCAAAACUUCGCGAUGGAAGAUGCGGAUGACCUCCGGCACGACUUCGAGCGUCUCCAGCAGGCCAUGGAGAUGGUGGGCUUCCUGCCCGCCACCAAAAGACAGAUAUUCUCGGUGCUGUCGGCCAUCUUGUACCUGGGUAACGUGACGUACAGUCAGAAGUCGUCGGGUCGAGAGGAGGGGCUGGACGUCGGGCCGCCGGAGGUGCUUUCCACACUCUCAGACCUGCUCAAGGUGAAGGAGGAGCUGCUGGUGGAGGCUCUGACCAAGAGGAAAACGGUGACGGUAAACGAUAAGCUGAUUCUGCCCUACAGCCACAGCGAGGCGAUCACGGCGCGGGACUCCAUGGCCAAGUCCCUGUACAGCGCUCUGUUCGACUGGAUCGUCCUGCGGAUCAAUCACGCGCUGCUCAACAAGAAGGACAUGGAGGAGUCUGUUUCGUGUUUGUCUAUCGGUGUGCUCGAUAUCUUCGGCUUCGAAGACUUCGAGACCAACAGCUUUGAACAAUUCUGCAUCAACUACGCCAACGAGCAGCUUCAGUAUUACUUCAACCAGCACAUCUUUAAACUUGAACAGGAGGAGUAUCAGUCCGAGGGCAUCACCUGGCACAACAUCGACUACACCGAUAAUGUGGGCUGCAUCCACCUCAUCAGCAAGAAGCCCACGGGACUCCUCUAUUUACUGGACGAGGAGAGCAACUUUCCUCACGCCACCGAUAAAACCUUGCUGGCCAAGUUCAAACAGCAGCACCAGCAGAAUCUGUACUUUGUGGCGACUCCGGUGAUGGAACCGGCUUUCGUCAUCCUCCAUUUUGCUGGGAAGGUCAAAUACCAGAUUAAGGAUUUCCGUGAGAAGAACACGGAUCACAUGCGUCCGGAUAUCGUGGCCCUGUUGCGGAGCAGUGACCGAGCGUACGUCCGGCAGCUGAUCGGGAUGGAUCCGGUGGCCAUGUUCCGGUGGGGGAUCCUCCGUGCCAGCGUCCGCGCACUGGCCGCCUUCAACGAGGCCGGACGCCGCUGGGCAGCCAAAACUGCGGGUGUGGUCAGACCAAACUCCAGAGUUCCUCUAGGAGAGCUGCAGAGAUCCAACGUGCCCAUCGAGAGGAUGUAUCGGGACAUGCAUGCCCAAAUCAUCAACUCCAUUAAGGACUUGCAGUUGGAUGGGGAAGAUCCACGCAAGCUGCUUCAGUCCUGGGGUCGUCUACGGUUCCCGCGUCACGUCCUCCAGAAAAGCAAGAACACCAAGACCAAGCAACUCAUUCCCAAGAGCCUGUUGGACUCUCGUUCGCUGAAGUUCAUCGUGGGCCUCCAUGACCGCACCACCAAGUCUUUGCUUCAUCUGCACAAGAAGAAACGUCCUCCCAGCAUCAGCGCCCAGUUUCAAACAUCUCUUAGUAAACUUCUGGAAACGUUGGGGAAGGCUGAACCAUUCUUCAUUCGAUGCCUCCGCUCCAAUGCUGAAAAGAGGGAAAUGUGUUUUGAUGAGGCGCUCAUUGUGCAGCAACUGCGGUACACAGGCAUGUUGGAAACAGUGCGCAUCCGACGGUCAGGUUAUGGAGCCAAAUACACCUUUCAGGAGUUUACUGAACAAUUUCGUGUAUUGCUGCCAAAGAACGCUACGUCCCUGGAGGAAAUAUCAUCUCUACUGCACAAGCUUGGUUUUGACCACACUACCUACCAGAUUGGAAGAACCAAAGUGUAUCUCAAAGAGCUUGAAAGGCAAAAGCUUCAGGACAUCCUGCACAAGGAUGUCAUGCACAAAAUAAUUUUCUUGCAGCGCUGGUUUAGAGGCAAAAUUGAGAGGAUGGACUUUAUUAGAAUGAGAGAGGCGGCCAUCGUGAUCCAGCGCUCGUGGCGUAGGCUCCGCAAAGAGAAGUUCUACCAAGCCGUGGUUCUGAUCCAGACAGCAUGGCGGGGUUCCAAACAAAGAGCCGAAUAUCGAAAAACACGAGCCUCCAUCACAAAGAUACAGGCACUCGCAAGGGGGCAAUCUGCUCGCAAACGGUACUACUUCCUAAAGGAAGAGAAAAGGAAGCGAGAGGAAGAGGAAGCUCGGAGGAGAAAAGAGGAGGAGGAGGAAGCAGCUCGACGAGCCAAGGAAGCGGAAGAGGCUCUUAGGCGAGCUAAAGAAGUUGAGGAGGCGGCCAGGCGACUCAAAGAGGAAGAAGAGGCUGCCAGGAAAGCUAAAGAGGAAGAGGAAGCUGCUAGAAGACAGAAUGAGGAAAGAGAAGCUCGGCUUGCUUUGGAGGCUGAGCGGCAGGAGAAGACGUCACUACCACAACCAACAGUUCCAACAUCAGGAAAGGAGCCUGGUGAUGAGAAGACACUAGUCCUGGGGCCCAAUACGGAUCCUGUGGACGUUGAGAUUGAAGGGAAGGGCAAGGCCCAUGUUGGUGAUGUUUCUGUCCCAAAAAAGCUAAAUGAUUCUGAGAAGAUCCUUCAAGUGGAGGCUGGUCCUCCUAUAGAGGUCAAGGAGCAACCGAAGCAAACUGAGACAGAAUUGCCCGCACUUCCCAGAGAUGAAAGGACACAAGGUAAACCCAUGUCUCCCGAAACCCCGACUGGACAGAUCCAAAACAGAGCUCCUCAGCUUUCCAAACUGCCAGUAUCCAGAAGUCAGGAAAAACGGGAGCUGAGGAGACAACGUGGCCUUGAGCAUAGCCAGAGAGAAAGUGAACGGGCGGCUUCGGCCUGGAAAGACGACGCUCCUUCCAAGAGCAAAACUCUAGAGAGUCCAGGAAAAGCUGAAGGCAAGUUGAAGGAGCGGUCUGACAGCAAAGAGUUGGAUCAGUACACCUUUGUGGCUUGGAAAGGGGAAAAGAGCAAAAGGGAUGCCAAAGAUGUCCCACCCGAACUUGUUCGGCCCUCCACCUUACCCUUGGAUAUCCCUACUUCCGGGCCUGGAAGAAAUGGCUACAGCGACCCUGCUCAACCUCCUCUUGCCAAAGAAGAGGCCAACCGGAGAAAGGAACCAUCGAGAAGCAACACUCAGCCAGAAAACCUCAUCAUGGCAGGACCCCGCAGUCUGGAGGAGAGGAACAUCAAAUCUCUCCAGAAUCGCGGGAUCUCUAUGUCGCUAGAUGAUGUCUCCAAAAUUGGUUCAGGUGGCUCAUCACAGGGAAAAGCUCGUCCAAGACGCAGGCCUCGGCUCGCCCUUGCACGUAUAUGUUUGCCCAUUAAAAGUGUUGAAAUGGAGGAUGCAGAGUACUGGACUUAUCCUUUGCCCCCUAUGAGUCCAUUUGAGACACAGUACAGCACUGGUGCUGGUCCUGAUAGCACAAAGGUCAACACGUUGAAGGAAAAAGUUCACGACAGCCACAGCCUGCAAGAAGUGUCGCCUCUCCAGCCAUCGACCCCAGAGAGGACAACAGGGUUUUUCAGAAAGAUCCUGAAGAAGCGUCCGCAUAAAGAAGCUCAGACCCCAGAAGAUGGAGACCUGAGCGUGGCUUCCUUUUUGGAUCAAAGAGAAGCCACUUCUCCAUCACGCUCACAAAAUUCAAAGACUCAUCCGGGACGGCUAGGUCGGACGCCCAGCAUCAUGAUCAGUCACUCGACGACUCGGGCCUCAGAGCAGUGGAACGCCUCGCUAAACCGUGUGAUCACCAACACCAAUGAGCUACGCAACCUCGAUGAGUUUCUAGGCAAUCAGGUGAAUGACCUGCGCUCACGGGGAAAACAGCUUUCAGGAACGGAGCACAUCUUCAUUACAGCCACUGUGCAGUUCAGAGAAAACAUCAAGGGGAUGUACUCAAUCUCUAAAUCACAAAUCGGGUAUAAGGCUUUGAUGAACUGCUACCAGAAUAAAGUGAUCAGUCUGGCUGGAGAUAAGCAGAAGGGUGAGGUACCGCUGGUGGUCAAUCUCUUCCAGUCAGUUCUGGACGGCUUCAUCAGAGCCGAAAUCAAAAAAGAAGAGGCCGAACCAGCCAAGCCCCCCAAAAGUCGUAAGAUGAGAAGGAAGAAGUCUAAAAGCUUGGAGAAUCCAUUGGACCAUGUGUUUACAAACUACCAAGUCAACAUCAUUCAGUCAUGUGAUCAGUGCACCUCAUACAUCUGGGGUAUGGAGAAGGCCUACAUGUGCAGUUAUUGUAAAAUGGUUUGCCAUAAGAAGUGCAUUAGUAAAAUCGUCAUAGACUGCUCUACGUUCUCCUCCAAGAAGUGUGAUGAUGAGCCUGGAUCACAACACUUUGGUGUGCGCGUGUGCCACCUGGUCAAUAGCAAGACCCCUGUGCCAGUGGUUCUGGAGAUAAUGAUGGAGCACGUGGAAAUGAACGGCCUGUACACGGAGGGCAUUUAUAGGAAGUCCGGCUCAGCUAAUCGCAUGAAGGAGCUACACCAGCUGUUGGAAGCAGGUCCAGAGAAUGUUUGUCUGGAGGAUUACCCCAUCCAUGCCGUCACUGGCUUGGUCAAACAGUGGCUGAGGGAGUUGCCCGAACCUCUCUUGACCUUCACGCACUACAAUGACUUCCUUCGUGCCAUAGAACUGCCUGAGAAGCUAGAGCAAUUGCAAGCCAUCUACAAAGUUUUGGAACAGCUUCCAACGGCAAACUUCAACACCUUAGAGAGACUCAUUUUCCACCUGGUCAGGGUCGCGAAGGAGGAGAAGAGCAAUCGGAUGACGCCAAACUCUCUGGCCAUUGUUUUUGCCCCCUGCAUUCUCCGCUGCCCGGACAGCGCCGACCCGCUCAUGAGCAUGAAGGACGUCGCCAAAACCACCACUUGUGUGGAGUUGAUACUUCAGGAACAGAUCCGGAGAUACAACGAUAAAAUGGAGGAGAUCGAGCAGCUGGAAUACGCUGAGGCAUUGGCUGUCAAUCAGCUCAAGCUAAAAAGACAAAACACGUGCUGGCAUUUACCUCUCAGAUUUAUCACUCCUUACAAAGAAUUGGCGGUUCGGGAGAAGCCAGCUUCCGACCUUUGCGUCGUACCCGAGAACGAGCCCCUGGAUUCAGACACGGAAGCUGAGCGAAGCCUGAUGGAAAGGAUCAAGUCCAUCAAGCAAGAAAAAGAGGAACUGGCCUGCAGGCUACCUGAACUGGACCAGCCCGGUUCUGACCAGGAGAACCUUGACUCGGAGGCGUCAGUCAGCUCUGAGAGUCUCCUGGACGAGCGAGCCGUUUGUUCGGACACGGAAGGACAACCAAUGAUAGUGCCAAGAUUUUCCAAACCAGCUUGCCUUCCUAAGUCUGUCGUCCUGGCCCAGGGAAGCAGCACACGGGCUGACGCCUCCUCUCUUCCUUCACUGUCUUCUCCCAGGCUUCAGCUCCAGCGUCGCCACCCUAUCAUCCCGGGAACGGUCAAACUUCCCCCAGGAGUCCUGUGCCACCCGGCUGUACGGUCUCUCCCUCCCCGAAAAUCCCUGUCGCUCACCCUCUUCCAGCGGCGCGAGAAUCCCGGCCGUCGCAAAGACAGCAUCCAGUCCCUCUACAUCACGGCAGGAGCAGAUCUCCUCUUCCCGUCCGAGUCCGAGUCCUCAGACACCUCCAGCGCACAGGAGCUCCAGACCUCCUCCCGGCGAUUCUCCGACCCGGACCUUGCUUUCGUAAACGACGCGGUUUGAGUCGCAAAGCUCGGUUGUCGCCAUUGGCGGUGACUGAUAAAGAGAGUUAUCUCACCUAGCACUUUUCCAUACUAAUAAUAUAUUGGAUUUUAAGAGACUUUUUUUAAGACUCGGAUUCGUGCCGCACACAAACGUUGACGUGACGUUGAUUAUUUUUUAUUUUAUUUUUAGCAGUCCUGCACCUUUUUGUGUCCUUAACGAACGGGACAAAUUAAUUCAACCAUGAGGAACAAUGUCGCCCUGAUGUUUGGUUCAUCUAACCUGUAGAUCCUCCCUAAAGUUCUGCACAAACACUCAAUGGACAAGUUUUGACUGGAGAGGGAACGAUGCAGCACUAGACACUUUCCUCUUGGACCGGAACGCAAUUUCCCGAAAUAACUCGAAACUCUUUUUUUCUUUAAAUUCCGAUAACGAGACACUUUGGAUCUUGCGUGGAUGUCUAUUCAGAAUAGCUUUGUGUAGGACUAAAGUGGCCAAGCCAUUACGUUUAAUGCUAAAGUCAAGCGAUACGUCUGUUGUUGAAUGUUGUCAUGAUUGAAAAGUAUGGAACGAAUGCCGGCUGGAUGUUUAUGAUGCCUAUGCCCGAAUGUGCCUAUUAGUGUCUCUGAGUCCUCGGUGAUGCUUUACGCAUUUAUUGGAGAAAUGAAACUAAUUAUUUUCUUACAAUACAAUUUGUAAUGGCCGCAAA